GCUGGAGAGGCGCGGUUGGGGUUUUAUAUUGAGGCUCCAGGCUGGCUGGUGGAGGAGAGAGCUUUCCCCUGCCAGGACCUGAUGCAAUCCAUUCAAGCCAACAAGUUUGGAGAGAAUGUUGAGUUCAAUCAAUUCAGAACGUCGAGAUGGAGCCCAACUCGGUCCAGUGGGUCGGCUCUCCGUGUGGUUUGCACGGACCUUACAUUUUCUACAAGGCUUUUCAGUUCCACCUUGAAGGCAGACCAAGAAUUUUGUCCCUUGGCGACUUCUUCUUUGUAAGAUGUAAGCCAGAGGAUCCGAUUUGCAUAGCGGAGCUCCAGCUGUUGUGGGAAGAGAGGACUAGCAGGCAACUUUUAUCCAGCUCCAAACUUUAUUUUCUCCCAGAAGAUACUCCCCAGGGCAGAAAUAGUGACCACGGCGAGGUGGAUGAAGUUAUUGCUGUUUCAGAGAAGGUAACUGUGAAACUUGAAGACUUGGCAAAAUGGGCACAAUCAGAUUUCUCCAAAUGGAAGUGUGGUUUCCGAGCUGACCCAGUCAAACCCACGGAACUAGGCAAGAAUGGACAGAGGGAAUCCUUGAUGAGAUACAGACAGUCCACACUCAAUAGUGGCCUGAACUUCAAAGACAUUCUGAAGGAAAAGGCUGAUCUUGGUGAAGAAGAUGAAGAUUCAAGUCUCUUGAUCCUUAGUUAUCCACAAUACUGUCGAUAUCGUUCCAUGCUAAAGCGUCUUCAAGACAAGCCAUCCUCAGUAUUAACAGACCAGUUUGUUUUAGCUCUUGGUGGCAUUGCAGUAACAAGCAAGAGCCCCCAAAUCUUUUACUGUCGGGAUACAUUUGAUCACCCAACUCUUAUAGAAAAUGAAAGCAUAUGUGAUGAAUUUGCACCAAACCUUAAAGGCAGACCACGCAAAAAGAAGCCAUACCCACAGAGAAGAGAUUCAUUAAAUGGCGUUAAGGAUUCCAACAAUAAUUCUGAAAGCAAAGCUGUUGCCAAGGUAAAAUGUGAGGCCAGGUCAGCUUUUCCCAAACCCAAGAAUAACAACAGCAACUGUAAAAAAUGUUCAAGUGAAGAUAAAUCAAAGGUUGCUGUAGGUGAAGAAUGCAAAGCUGAUGAGCAAGCUUUCCUUGUGGCACUUUAUAAAUACAUGAAAGAAAGGAAAACACCAAUUGAACGGAUACCCUAUUUAGGUUUUAAACAGAUUAACCUUUGGACUAUGUUUCAAGCUGCUCAAAAACUGGGAGGAUAUGAAACAAUAACAGCCCGUCGACAAUGGAAACAUAUUUAUGAUGAAUUAGGUGGUAACCCUGGAAGCACAAGUGCUGCUACAUGUACUCGCAGACAUUAUGAAAGAUUAAUCCUGCCAUAUGAAAGAUUUAUUAAAGGAGAAGAAGAUAAGCCACUGCCUCCAUUGAAACCUCGGAAGCAGGAUAUCAGUUCCCAGGAGGGGGAAACUAAAACAAAAGUGGCUGGAACAAAACGCAUCAAAAAUGAAAACCAAAAGAAUAAGAAAGAAAAAGAUAAUGCACAGAAACCCCAAGAUGCAGCUGAGGUCUCAUCAGAACAAGAGAAGGAUCAAGAAAUUUCAGACCAGAAAGGUUUAUCUGAGCCUCCUGAAGUGGGAGAGAUGAAGAAGCAUGUUGAAGGGCACCAGCCUCUCUUACCAGAGGCAGCAGGGCUGGGCUCCCUGGAGAAGGAGGACUUGAUGGAAAGUACUUCAAACAAUGAUACAGCCCAGGAGGAUGUUCAGCACUCAUCCUCAUUUUCUACUAUUGCUGUACCCCCUGAACAAAACACCACAUUGGAUGCCACUGUCAACAAGCAGUUACACACCCCACCAAAUGCCCUGGAUGACACAAAGCCAGAACAAAGGGCACAUGGUUUUACAGACAGCUUAGAAAAGGAGCCUCCAGAAACACCCAUUCAUGGUUUCUCUGCAAUACAAGUACAGUUACCAAGUCAAAACGACAUGGAAGAUGAUAAAUUGCCAGAGAUGGCUGAUUACAUUGCAAACUGCACGGUGAAAGUGGAUCAUUUAGGAAAUGAAGAUAUACAUAAUGCACUAAAGCAAACCCCUAAAGUUCUCGUGGUACAGAAUUUUGAUAUGUUCAAAGAAAAGGAGCUGCCCGGUUCCAUUCAUGAUGAUCCCGGUUUUAGUUACACACCACUACUCUAUUCGAAGGGUAAUCCAGGCAUCAUGUCACCACUGGCAAAGAAAAAACUUCUGUCUCAGGUCAGUGGGGCAGCUCUGUCAUGUAGCUAUCCUUAUGGUUCACCUCCACCUUUGAUUAGCAAAAAGAAAUUAAACAAUAGAGAUGAACUAUCUUCAAGUACAGCACAGGCUCCCCACACUCCCAAUUCCGAUUCUGUAGCAGUUAAUAGACCAUCAGUAAUACAACACGUACAGAGUUUUAAAAGCAAGAUUUCAGAAGAAAGGAAAUCUAUUAAUGAAGUAUUUAGGCAUGACAUAUUAAGCAAACCAGAUCCUCAGCGUUGUGAUUUUUCUAAACAUCACCUCAACUCUCUUGCUGAAUCGUACAUACCGAAGCUAGAUCUCCAGGACUCCAAAGAUAAAAUGAGUGAGAAAAGGGCACUGCAGCAUUCCCAUGUGCCCAGUUUCUUGGCAGAUUUUUAUUCAUCUCCUCAUCUGCACAGUCUUUAUAGGCAUACAGAACACCACCUUAAUAAUGAACAGACAUCAAAGUACCUCCCCCGGGACAUGUUCAGAGAUUCGGAAAAUAUUUCUACUUUUACUCAACACAAACACCAAGACAAGCUACAUUUAAAUUAUCACCCAUCUUUGCAUCAGCAAGAAAAAAAGACUGUAGUGGAAGCCUCUUCAGAUGAUCAGCCAACAGACUUGAGUCUUCCAAAGAGCAUACACAAACAGACUGUUAAGGCUCCUGGAUCCAGCCUCCCCCAUUCAUCAGUGGGGCAGCAAGAAAGCAAAAGUAUUUCCCAGUUCCAAGUUGCAAGCAGCCAGGCUUUGAGCAUAGACUGUAAUCCCAAAGCCUGCCGCGUUUCUCCAAUGACCAUGGCAGCAUCUAAAAAGCAUGGUGAAUCCCUUCACAGAUCCGGAAAGCAGCAGAAUCAGAGGCUUGAGAAUUUGAGAAAGAUGGAGGGGAUGGUCCAUCCCAUUAUGAGCCGCAAAACUAGCCCCCAAACCAUUGGAGCAGCUCGGCCUUUGAAACGGAGCCCGGAGGAUUUGGACAAGGUCAUUAUUGAAAAAAAAAUCCGAGCUGUCUCUCCUCUGCACUUACCCAAGGAGGCAUCUACAAAAGAAAAGACUGCCGAUCAUGAGGGCGAAGGCAGCAAAUCAGUGCACGGUCUUCAUUCUGGCAGCAUGUUGGAAAGCCACAAAUUUCCCCUUUCCAGCCCUAUCUUCACAGGCUUGUACCCAGGAACCCUCUGUGCAGGGCUGAACAGUCGCCUCCCAGCUGGAUACUCUCAUCCUUUGCAGUACUUGAAAAAUCAGACCGUGCUUUCCCCGCUAAUGCAGCCUUUGGCUCUUCAUUCCUUCAUGGUGCAAAGACAAUUUCUUACAUCCCCUGCAAAUUCUCAGCACCUCUAUAGACACUUAGCUGCAGCAACACCUGUAGGAAGUUCAUAUGGUGACCUUUUGCACAACAGCAUUUAUCCUUUAGCUGCUAUAAAUCCUCAAGCUGCCUUUCCACCUUCUCAGCUGUCUUCUGUACAUCCUAGCACAAAACUGUAAAGCCCCCUAAAAAGUGUCUGAAAAAAAUGUUAAGUUAGCUACAUUCCUUCCCCUGUGAUAAUGUCUUGCAGAAUUAGAAAUCAGUAUUUUUGUUAACCAGUAUGCAGUCUCAUCCCACCUAGCUAGGUGCUUCAUACUUAACCGACACUCCUACUUUUUGGUUCUUAAUUCUGGCUUCCACAUCUAUUUCCCAAACCAUUUCAUUUGGCAUACUAGUUUUCUGAGAGGAUUCACAUAUAUGGAGAGCAAAAGAUCAGAGCAAGCCAAUGGAAUUUUAGGACUUGAACCUGGUCUCGCUGAGGUCAGCAUCAACAUUUGUAGUUGUAUUGAGUGAGCAUAGAAUCAGGGCCAUUAGCAUGUUUCAAAACAGGCAAGAACUCGUGAUGAAUCUGAAAAGGAGAACAAGGCAGGAAAUGCAUACAGUCAUUAGAUGUGCUUUUUUUGGAGGGAGUGGGAGGUAAUUUUUCCUGACUUAAAUGUUCAAUCAAUGCAAUUAAGUAUAGUCAAAUUGCAAUAGAUUUUUUUUCCUUUUAACACUAUUAGAACAGAAAAGUAAACACUGUUUAAUUUGACUGUACAUACCCUCUUCAUAAACUACCAGUGUCGCAUUCAGUAACAUAAUUUAUAACGUAAUUAAGUUUUGUUUGUCCAGUAUAUUCUGCGUCUUUUUUUUUUUUUAAUUAAACAGGAUCCUUUUAUCUGCAACUUUUUAAAAGGCUGUGGCUGUCCUAUUUUUUUUGUAUGUGUUUGUAAUUUUUCCAGUUCUUAUAAUUUUGAGCAGCUUUUUUGUCUGUGUUUGGCAACAUUAUUGUUUACAAACUGAGGCAACUGGUUCAGAUGAAUCUUAACCGACAUAAACAUACUGUAGAUAAUACAAUGGUGCAAUGGUGCAAACAAAGUUCCUUUUUCUCUUGUCUGAUCCUGAAAGGUGCUGAGCACCUGCCACUCUCACUGGUGUUGUUGUGAUGGCUCCUACAUUGCUUUACUGACCACAGAAAUUUUACUUUGCCAUACCAUGUUCUGUGAAUUUCUUCAGAAUUAUAUACUUACCAGUUCCUAGGCUAUGAAACCCUCCUGCAUACCAGAGAAAUUCUAAAAAACAAAACCUCACUGGCAACAAGCUGCUGAAUAACAAGUGCAUCCAGAAGACAGAUUUGUGGUUUGUAAGAAUGUCAAGAAUUUCGAAUAUUAAAACACGAACAGCAUUUAUUUUAAUUACAGGUUUUAUGGGUCCUGUACCUCAAAACAGAGAUGGGCUAGUGAUGGACUCCUCUACUAAAAAGCAGCCCAAAGUUCAGGUUCAGUGUGAGCAAUGGGUCACUAAGCCAGCCCAAUCUUUGUCAUUCAUAGAAAGCAGAAUUCACUUGCAUGUAGAGAUCUAAUACAGUGGAAACCCCAUUCAUGGUGCUAGAUUCUUAGCUGGGGUACAUCUUCAUGGCUACCUGCAAUCAAGGGAGGUUCUUUGCCCUAGCUGUAAAUCUAGUCCAUUGCCUCUCAAAGGGAUAUAUGACCUAUGAACCUUUUGCAUUGGGCCCUCUGUACACAUGCUGGGAACUAGUCUGUGUCCCUGAGAAUAAUUUCUGAAUGUUAAAAGUCUAUGAGUGAAGACGCUGGGUUUUCAUAACAAAAGACCUUUCCUAUGGCUGUAUGUUCACUUUGAAGAACAUUACUACCCUGAAGCUAAAAAAAAAAAUGGAUAUGGAGUAGUGUAACGGUGGUAUCUGACACUGAAAAAUAGUUAUGAUUUGAACAUCUCAAUUACAAUAUAGAUACAAAGUAAUCAAAGCUGUUAAAAAUAAGAAUGGAAACUACUAAGUAAUACCUUGCAUGCUACGCAUCUCAUUAUAAUUUCCCAUGAUAUGAAGCCAAAUAUGAUAUAUAAUAUAGCAUAUGUAAUAGCCAAAGGUGGAAACCAGAAUAAUAUAGUCAUCAACUGUUAAAGUUCCCGUGUCUUCAAUUAAAUACUUUAUAUUCCCAUGGUAAAACUGUAUUUAACUGAUUGAUAAACAGGCUAAUAGAAUUUACAAAAUGAAUGUGCUAAUGCAGUUUUCUACAGUUCUACAAACUGUAGAGAAAAUGAAAUUAUGAAUUUGAUUGCUCAGAGGCCAUGGCAUAGAGGGCAUCUCUAGUAAAGUUGCACUAGACCUGAAUCACAUAAGAGUCAAGGGUUAUGGGGAAAGUAAACCUACAGCAAACACAAAUAAUAUGCCUGCCAUUUAACGAGCAAACCAAACACUUCAUGCCCUUGUUUAGGAUAACUUGCACACCCUGGAAUCAUGCAUUUGUUUACAAGUCUCUGAUUUCACUUUUGAUUACAUCAUUUUGGAAUUUGAUCACAGCAUUUUAAAACAACGAUAACACAGUGCAGAACUGGGAGAGUUUCUUCAUUUGUUCCAUGAGGAAACUAGCUGUUUCUGUGUGGGGAAGCUCAUAAUAUGCUGGGGAAAA